AUGGGAAACUUUUACGGCCUUUUUCUUAAUUUACUCAUUUGCGCAUCGGAAUGGACGGCUGGCUCGGCUGCGGAUGACCGUCCAUCUCUGAGGGAAAUUCAGGAUCAAUUCCAACAACUGACAACCAACUACAAUACGCUUAAAAUCAACCUGGAAAGCAAAGUCCAAAGUGACUCGACUGGAAGAGCUUAUGGAGCAAAAAGAUCGGGAAUCUUAGAAGAAAAAGUUCUUAGACUAGAACUCGAACUUCUUGUCGUUAAGGAAAGAGAAACAAAUCAGUUGGCCACAAAGAACGUCAUGUACAGAACGUGCAGCGAAGCCCAUACAGCCGAUCCGUCCCUGACGAUGGGAAUGCACUGGAUCGAUCCCAUUUUCGUCUAUUGCGACAUGGCCACAGGAAAAACAGCCGUCCUACACGACAGUGAAAAUUCGAUAAACGUAGGAUAUUGCACUGGUCCAGGAUGUUAUUCCAGAGAAAUAAUGUACACGGCAACUAUGAGGCAAAUGACAACGCUAGCUGAACUCUCAAACGAAUGUCACCAGUCAAUCAAAUACGAAUGUUAUGACGCCCCACUAGAGAAGGAUGGAGUCAUUUACAGUUGGUGGAAUGACAGAGAUGGAAAUCCACAAUAUUUCUGGGCCGGAAACGAUUCGAGCGUUCACACCUGUCAGUGCGGAAUCGAUAGAAAAUGCGUCAAUUCUAACGUCAAAUGCAAUUGUGAUGCAGCUGCUCCAUAUUUCUUACAUGACAAAGGUGUCGUAACUAAAAAGGCAAGUCUUCCAAUAACGCAAUUAAACUUUGGUCAAAUUUCAACCGGAGUCCACACCCUCGGCCGAUUCGAAUGUAGUGGCGACGCAACCGUCACGGGAUUCCCAACUUCAUGUGAAGAUCUAUGGAAAAUUGGACACAAAAUGGCCGGAUUUUAUUCCGUUAUGGGAAAGAAAAUGGUCGAAACUGUCUACUGCGAUUUCACUAAAUCUCUGAGCGAUCCAGCAUUCAAGACCUGGAUUGGAUUCGAUGGUGUCCAGUCAACCUCCGUCUAUUUCUACGUCCAGAGAAACAGCGAAUUUCGUGCGAAGAAUUAUCCGAUAACGUUCGACGUCGUAAGGAUCAACACGGGAGGGGCAAUGAACGCAGGAAGCGGCAAGUUGACGGCGUCUGUCACUGGGACCUACUUCUUCUCUUUCUCCGGCAUCGCCGACAUGGGUGCAGCGUUAUUUGACGACGGAAAAUUUCAAGCAUCUCUAAGGAGGAACGGCGAACUAAUUGGUCGGGUCGAAGCGGCCAUGACUCAGGGUCUGAGUACAGAUAGCUUCUCUCUUCAAUCAACGUUGUAUCUCCAGGCUGGCCAACAGAUUUGGAUACAGUCUGACAACGAGGACCACAUGUACGUGUUUGAUAACUUCGACCACUACACCCACUUUACUGGCUGGCAGCUGGCUACUGCAAGAGGAUGUCGCUCAAUCGUUUCAAAACAGGCUUUAAAUCGCAAUAGAUUUGGUAGAAGAAGAGUAAAACAUAAUUUCACUUGCUCGUAG